AUGACUCUUGUACUUUAUUUGUGUAUCCGAAUUCACAUUCGUGCGUCGUACGUUCUUUUAUCUUCGGGUCAACACCCGAUUCAGAACAAUCAGCCCAUCUGUACAUUCAAGGUGUUCAUGGAUUGUAGGCCACAAUCUUUCAGUGGGACUGAAGGAGCGGUGGGACUCCUUCAUUGGUUUGAGAAAGCCGAAUCAGCAUUUGCGAUGUGUAACUAUCCGGCCAGAGACAGAGUGAAGUUUGCUACAGGCACGUUGGAGGAUGGUGCCUUAACUUGGUGGAACGCCCAAGUUCAAAUGCUUGGUAUUGACAUGGUAAAUGCAACACCUUGGGACAAAUUCAAGGAGCUGAUGUGGGAGGAGUACUGCCCCCGCGAUCAAAUUCAAAAGCUAGAGAACAAGUACUAUAAUUUGAAAAUGGUGGGAUCAGAGAUCGAAGCCUACACGAAGCGUUCUCAGGAGCUAACAAAGAUGUGCCCCAACCUAUCAAACCCACCCAACAAGCGAAUUGAGUAG